AUGAAUCUCUUUUUAGAGGUCGUCGAAAGUACAACCAAAAGACUUCUUCUUGAUGACUUUAUGGAGAGUCUUGAUGAUGCUCGUCGUAAAAUUAAUUAUGGCGAACGUGACAAUGGACCAAGGGUUUUUGGCAUGGCUGAAGAAAGAUCCAGGAAAGUCAAAAUGUUUGUUGUGGAAAAGAAAGAUCGAUAUUCUCUGCUUUCUCUUUUGCUUGAACACGUGGAUAAGAAUAGUGAUAUCAAUAGUGAUGGUUGGAAAGCUUUUUCUGGACUGGGUAUUGUGUUUAACGACUAUAAGGUCGUAAAUCAUUCAGAAAAUUUUAUUAACCCCAAUACUCGUUGUCAAACUCAAUUAAUUGGGUGUGUUUUGGGUCAAGCAAAAUUGAAGAUUGUUACAUCACAUUGUGACAAUACUAAAAUGUAA